AUGUCUUUUUCGUCGUUGUCAGACGAUGACAAUGUAGAUUAUGCCAAUUUUUGCCGCACUGCAAGUUCACACCUAGAACAAUUGGACCGUUAUGAAAGCCAGGAGCUGUUGUCGUAUACUUCAGCGCACUGGCUGCUUUCCAAUGAUGCAUUUAAAUUGCCGUCAUUGCCGUUAACAGGCCUGGCCAACGGAGUCACGCAACCAAAAGAUUCAUUAGAACCAGCCGUGAUCUUGUUUCCAGUCAACAGCAACUGUCCGCCACUUUGUUACAGAGAGGUUCAUAAUAUUGUUCGAGAGUUGACACUAGGAAUCUAUGUGUUCAACCAGACGCCAGCAAUCUCACUGGAAGCCAACUUUGAUCAAGCCACAGUCUGUAACCUGCCACCUGCUUACUUGGAUACACGGGUUGGCCAGCUGCUAACCAAUGUGGACUACAUGAUGAAGAGUCUGUGGCAUGGAGCUUACAUUCCAAGAGAUAAACGACUGAAGUUCACAGAACGUUGGCGUGAGAUCCUAAAUAUCAGUGCAUCUGGUAAACCUGAAACUAGAAAACCACUACUUGGAGAAUUUCAAACCUCAGGCCUUAUUGACAUCACGAAAGAUGCAGACUAUGCUCAUGUAUAUGAUAAACUUCCUGAGGAUAUACCAGAUGAUGAAGAAGUGGCUGAAGAACGACAGUUUUUCAUGAGCUUCGUUGAUGACAUGGCGAUGCAGCUAACAUUUUCCCAGGAAACUGUUGAAAAUUAUAAAAAUAUGUAUAUUGUCAAUGCAAACUACUAUGUGUCAAGUAUUGUGCGUCUGCUCGACUCUUCUAUUGACAAUGUGGGGUUUGAACGACUGAAAACAAGAUUGCAGAUGCAUGAAGAUGUAAUUCAGGAACACCUUGCAGCCAAGCAAGAAACAUGUAGGCAGCUGGAACUUCUGAAGCUGAUCAGUUACCUCGUGCCUUUCUUGAUGGGAAUGCGGAAGAGGAUGAAAAUUCCUGAUGUCCACAAACUGCUGCCACAUUACGGCAGUGACAGGUGUCGGACAGAAAGGGAAUUUCCACCUCUUAUUUUGGGUCCUGAUUUCAAGUGCAAAAAUUUUACAUUUCCUGUUGACCACUACUUUCAUCUGCAUGGAGGAAUCUCAUUUGAUAUAGAAACAGAUUCAGUUAUUGAAGCAGCAGAAGAGUUUGGCAGACGGCACGCAGAAGUUGUAAAGAUGGCCGUGCGUGAACUUUCACACCAGAUGUACAUAGAAAACAUUGACAAGGAACAUUAUAACAUACCAGUUUGCACUAUCGAUAAUAAGUUGUACUAUGCCAUUGUAAUAGAUUUUGAGACCUACUAUGGCAUGACACCGUUUAGGCCACUCUGGGUUCGAGCCUAUUCUGAUGAAAUGGACAGGUUGAGGCCAGGCAGACUACCAAUCACAGAAAUACAGAUGUUGGAACAUUUUAAAAAGAAUUUCGGCUUGAAAAAAGCACUUAAAUACAAAACGCCAGCAUCAGGAGUGAAAAUCUGUGCUCAGCGAGGCAUGCUGUCCAUAUUCUCUUUCUUAACGCGGAAAAUUUCAGGAUCUAAACAUGGAAUCGGAAAAGAGGAUGAGCAAGGUUUAUCACUGCUUCAUCAUGCAGCCAUGCACAACCGCCCACAGAUCAUUAGCCGUCUGCUGCUGAGCUCUGUCAAUGUUAAUGUCUGUCGCAACAAUUAUUUGGCUGGGGGUCCUACAGCUUUGCAUGUCGCAGCUCGAUGUGGCAGUUUGGACGCUGUUUCCUGUCUGCUGGCCAACCAUGCUAAUAUUAUUGCUCUUGAUCAAGAAGGCUGGGCUCCAAUCCAUUACGCUGCCUUCUUUGACCACCAGAUUAUAGUGAGACUGUUGGUGCGGAAGAGCCCAGAUCUUUUGGAUCUGCAGACUAAAAAUGAGUUUCAUUCCACGCCCUUGCUUCUGGCAGCUACGUCUGGUGCCCUGUCUGUCGUCAGGUGUUUGAUUGAACUGAAGGCAGAAAUCAGAAUGAAGGACUCCAAGCUAAACAGUCUAGUUUCUCUGGCCACACUCCAUUUUCACACGAAUGUGCUGGGUUAUCUCACUAAACUAAACCAUCCAGAUAUUCCUGUAUGGGACAUUUUAGUGGAAAUGCUGUCAGAUGAGGAAGAAGCUAAACGAGACAGUGCUGUCAAAUGUUUGGAUGUACUGUCGACAUCAGAACCCUAUAACUGGAAGCAUAUUCUGAAAGCAGGUGCAAUACCAUCUUUAGUGAAACUAUUGAAAUCAGAGAAUGAGAUCAUGCAGUCUGUGACAGCUUCGGUCAUAUGCAACAUCUCAGAGAACAAACCUGUCAAGCUGGCUUUGACUCAAGCAGAGGCUGUGCCAUAUAUUGUUUCUCUACUACGAUCUUCAUUAGAUGACCUACAGUCGCGGGCUUCCAUCAUCAUCGCUGAUCUAGCAACUGUGGAGGGAAACCAGACUGUGAUUGCUGAGUGUGGAGCUAUCCCCCUGCUUGUUCAUCUGCUGGAGUCAGAAAUGGAAGAUGUUCUUCUGAACGCAGUGAAUGCCAUCAGAGUUUUAUGCCUGGGCCAUACAGAAAAUCAAAAUGCUGUUGCAGGAGCUGGUGGUUUGCAACCACUGAUAGAGUUUUUAGAUGUGUUGUCAAGUGACCUCAAGGCAGGAGCUGCUUCAGCCUUGGCUGCUGCCGUCCAGAAAAAUACAGAAAAUCAGACUAGAGCUCUUCUGUUUGGUGCGGCUAAGCCUCUGGUUGAUGUUUUAAAGAGCAGUCGGUCCGUGACCACACAAGUGAAGGCAGCAAAUGCACUAGAAGCCCUGGCAACCAACAACAUACAGUGUCAGAACUGUUUCCUGGACCUAGACGCUCCAAAAGCCCUCAUACGGUUACUUAAAAAUCAGCAUGUGGAGGUUCGUGAACAAGGGGCCUGCUCUCUGUGGGCGCUGGCUGGCAAUAAAAGAACACAACAGAGAUACAUCGCUGAACGAACCACAGUGUCUCACAUUAUGCAGAUGUUAUUGGAACCAUCAGAAAAGUUGCUAUUUGUUGGGUGCAUGAUGGCAAUUGCUUUUGGUACAGAAAACAUGGCCAAUCAGAACAAGCUUGCAGCAGCAGAUGCUUUCUCACAGCUUGUACGACUUUUACGUUCUUCGAAAACUCCCCAUAAAAUUCUUCAUAUGGUAGUCAAGGUAGUAGGGAUUUUGUGUUUAGGUGUAGCUUACAAAAACAACAUGGUCACCCAACUGAAAAUUGCAGAGGAAGGAGGUCUGACUGUUCUAGUGCACCUGCUGGAGAAUGCUCCGUCCAAAGAGAUUCAAGUGGAGGUUGCUAUCACUCUGGCCUGUGUCACUCUCAGCUGCAAGGAGAAUCAAGAAAAACUGGCAGAGGAACCACUUUUCUCAUUUGAUACUCUACUGUCUUUGCUCAGAUUGAAAGAUAUGGAAAUUCAGCUGAGGGCAGGCAUGGCCUUGACCUUGUUUGCCUUCAAUAACACGCCUCAACAGUACCACAUGCGAGAAGCAGGAGGAAUCAAGUUCAGUCUGUUCCAAACAUUUAUUGAAUCACCGGAUGAAUUCUACCAGUGCUACGGUGCUUUUCAGGCUAUUGUGCUGUCUCGAGUUAUUAUCGACAAGGAUCAAGUAUCCCUUACAGCUCAAGGCAUAGAAAUUUUGAUUGCAAAAAUAUCAUCUGAGGAUAGAGUAGCUGCCCUUGCCUGCAGUCUUCUUGCCUCUUUGGCACAUAUGCGUGCCGGGCUGUCUGAUGCUAUGGUCAGUGCAGGAGUACUGGAUCUGUUAGUGAGAAACGUCAACUCAGAAAAUGAACUGGUAAGAAGUUCUGCAGCCAUUACUUUGGGAUAUUUGACCUUCAACAGAACAGCAUUUCGUCUGUUAUUUUCCAUUUGCCGAAAUACGCCCGAUCUGUACCAUAAAAUAAUGAAUAACAUUGGUGGAGAGCCUCGCAUAAAUCCCAUUUUCAUUGCUGACUUUAAGAGGGCAAUGAUUGUAGGCUUGCCAUGUCAGUUUGUCAAAUAUGCUGACAGCAGUUUGGCCGGAAAACGCAGAAAACGUACUGGGUCAGGUAAACAGUAUGACCGGCGUGUACGUCCCAUGAGUGAAGCCGGGUCUACAAAUGCCAGUCUGCGGAUGCAAGACCGAGCAGUUACUCUUCCAAACAUUAAAAUCAACAAAUUUGAACAG